CUCAGGAUGGAGAUAACAGCUCUCUGUGCCGUCGCUGUUUGCCUGAGACUCUCUCCCAGCAGAUCCCAGUUCUUCCAGUAUGAGUCUGUGACUCUGAGCUGUGAGGGAAACUCAUCUGAGUUUAGAGUCAGACGAAAUACAUCAAAACAAAUUAAUGCACUCUGUCCCUCUUAUUCGACCCACAUUGCUGAAACUGAGUGCAUCUCAUCUGAGCUGUAUGAAUUCGACUCUGGAGUUUACUGGUGUGAAUCUGCAGCAGGCGAACGCAGCGACGCCGUUAACGUCAGCGUGACAGAUCGAUCACUGAUCCUGGAACGACCUGAACGUCCAGUCAGUGAAGGAGCAGCCCUGACGCUUCACUGCAGGUUCAGGCCACCAUUGUCCUCCAGUCUGACCCGUUUUUAUAGAGACUGGGUUCUGGUCGGGAGCAGCUCCACGGGACGGUUCACCAUCCGGAGCGCCUCUAAAUCCGAUGAAGGAUUCUACAAACGUAACGCCUCUGGAGUCGGAGAGUCAGCAGAAACCUGGCUGGCAGUAAGAGGGCGCAGACGUCACACGCCUACUGCUGCCCUCGCAGACUUCCUGCUUCCUGCCGUGGCCGGCUCUUUCCUGUUGAUCGUGACGUUGAUCUGUUUCUGGAAAAACAAUGAAGGGUCAGUGGACAGCGUUGUGUCCUACACUGUCAGCGUCACACAGGAAGGAAAAACUCACCCAAUCCCAGAGCCUCAAGACGGACCGGUUCUAGGACGGGUCCGGUACGUCAGAGACCGUCUGACAGAAGGACGGCUCAGUCGCCAUCAGUCCAGAUUCAGGACUGAAAACUCCAGAGGAUCUUUAUGAGAAGACAUAAGUCUUUUCAUAAAGAUUUAAAAGAUCUGGUGGGUCA